UGUGUGGCGUUUGCCCGAGAUCUCGCGAUAUCGCUAAUUACAAGCUACAAUCUUGAUUAUUCGAUUUGUCAAUUGCAAACACAUACCAGUUCCAACUAUUGAACUUAACUUAAUCUACAUCAACUGGAGUUGUGGCGCAUGCGCACUGCCUCUGCUGGUUUGGGACAAGCCGAUCUAACAUGUGGCUGUGGUUGAAUUGUCGUGUUGUUGAUAACAAACUCGAGAAGACAUUACUAAGCAUGUCAGGACAAUGUUGAAAUGUCGGAGCAGGGUGGAAAUUUAUUCACUCAGGAAAAUAUCCAGGAGAUCGUUGACGUUUUAAAGGUUGACCUUGGCGAUGACGACGGCAAUGUGUUCCAGGCCAAGGUGGCCGCAAUGCAGCGGUUCCUCCGCUACGGGAUGUCCAAGUUCUCCAAGGAGAAGCUGUACCAGCAUUUAUGCAUCGUGGCCAGGAGGGUCACCGUCCAGGAACGGAUGACGUCAUGGAAUACUCAGAACAAUACCGUCAUCAAAAGCAUCGGUCAUCUCAGGGCAGUGAUCCGUGACAUGCAUGGAAAGGACAAGUACAACGGUUUGUUGGAGUGUGAGAGACAAGCUAUUAGGUACUUCCUGCACUUCCUUGUUGACGUGGACCAUAUAAAGUGUUUAAAGGGGAGCUUCGACAAAGAGGUGCACACAGUGUUGUAUUAUGACUACUUCGAUCCUUCAGACUGGAGUCCGUCUCAGAAAAAAAGUGCCGGCACAAAGGGGGGUAAGCCGGAAGACAAGGAUAGCGGAAAUUAUUCCAUGUCAGAGCUUGAUGAAAAACAUGAACAGGUGACAUCAUUGAAGCCUCCAAAUGGAGGUAAUUCUCCCCGAGGAAGUGUGUCUCCAAGGGGAGAUAACUCUCCUAGGGGCAAAUAUGAUGAUUCGUUUACCCAGGUUGGCUUUUCUUUCUCUAAGCAUUUGGAUGGUAGUGAAAAAGAAAAACUCCGUGUGACUGUGAAUGAACUCGAGGAGGUCAGCGAGAGGUGGGACAGGUUGUUGAUGGAGGAUGAUCAGGAUCUGGAGGACUAUGACCCAGAGAGUUAUUACGAAGUGAUGGAGUGUGAGGAACAUACCAAAUUUGAAGCAGUCUUUCGCUUACUUUCCGAUAUUUUUGCCAAAUGUUAUAAAGUUAUAGAACUGUCCAAACAAUGGUGGAAUCUUGCACAUAAGAUUUACAAAAAACUUCCUCUAAGGAGACCUGUGUCUCGAGGAUGGCCAAGAUGCAGAGAGAGAUCUCAUAGAUCUGGAGAUAACGAGGAAGAGAACCCAGAGACUACUCAACAAGAACCAGAAGUGGAUGAAUCAGCGGAGACAAGCCCAUCGGGUGCAGUCGAAGUGGAAGAUGAAGACUUCGGACAUCUUAUCCAUGUCCCUGAACCCCAGAAACAGCAGAAACAAGAUCGGGUCACGAACAUCAAGGCUCGCCUGUUUGAUCUCUCGUAUGCUAUACAUGAGCUUGAUCAGGAUCUGGCUGACCACAAAGUUGACUUGAGGAAGCUGGACUCUAGGGAAAGAAGGUUCCAAAUGCUGGAAAUCUUAUUCGGUAAAGUGGAUGCUAACCUGGAAGAGAUUCAGGAGAAAUGUCGAAAGCUUCGUGCUCAGAGAAAAGUGACUGCUCAGAAAUAUUCCUACACUUUCAGAGGAACUGAGAAAUACUUUGAUUACAGGGAGAAGCUGAGAAGGCUGGAUAAGAAGCUGAUGAAAUAUGAUAAUGAGAUACAGCUUUUAGUCUACAAGCAAAAUGUCGUCUCACAGGAUUAUAUGUUGGAAAUGGAAAUUCGACCAAACUUUAUUAGAUCGUAUGAAGAUCUGAGGACACAGAUUACUGAUAAAGAACAUUUGCUUCAGCAACGCCAGGGCGAGAAGAAAGACCUCGAGGAGGAACUAGAGCUCCUGGAACCCGAUGGUUUGGCGGGAAGAAGUCGAAAAAGUGAAAAUGGUAGUUCUUCUGGACAUUCUGUACUCACCGAUCUCAAAGGGGAGAUAACUGAUGACAUUCCCACGUCACACGAAAAAGAUUACAACGAGGUGUUCAACGGUUUGGGCAAACGGUAUGAACUGGUGAGUUCAGCUCCCCCUGUCAAGACUCAGCUCAGGAAUAUGAAAAAGAAAGAGGAGGUAACUCCACCAGUCAAGAAACCCGCGCCACCUAGUAGUGAGACUCUGCUGAAGACUGUCACGACGAUUGAUGGUUCGAAUCUCAUUGGACAUGAAAAACCAAAGUUCCAAUCCCCUCGGCCACCCCAGGGUCUUAAAAAGAGGGCUAGAAAGCCGUUUCCAGGGAAACGUGGAGUUAAACAGCCUGUGUGAAUUAAGUUGUUGUUGAUUGGUUUGUUGUUUAACGCCGCACUCAGCAAUGUUCCAGCUAUAUGACGGCGGUCUGUAAAUAAUCGUGUUUGGACCAGUGAUUAAUACCAUGAGCAUGAAUUAAGUGCUCAUUCAAGGACGUCACUUAUCAAUAUCUGUCACAAUGUGACACAACAUAUCUAUGUAAAAUAUAUCAUCACCAGACUUCGCCAUGUGAUAAUGUAAAUUUCGUGAGAACUAACAUUAUCUGUGAUUGUGUGACCUUGAUGAUUUUCUUCAUGUGGAUAAUCAUUGCUGUAUUGCCCGUACAUUUUAUUACAGUAACACGACUUUCAGCCCUCUCAUUUUUAUGCGACAUAAACAUUGUAAGUCUGUUAUAAAACUGUUACAAAUAUUUGUGCAUAUCUUCAACAUUGAGCCGUGAAGAUCCGGGGUAGAA